AAUUUUAGAAAAAAAGAAAAUUGGGAGAGAAAAAAAAAAAAAAAUCCAGAUCACGCUCAUUUGUCUUGGAUGCAGUAAACUCCUCAACGGAAAAAGCAGAUACGAGAGAGGAGAGAGUUUGCAGAACUCGGGCAGUAAAUAGGCACAUUUUUCAGUUCGCCGACGUAUCCAACAAACCCAUCUCAUCCUUAUUUCUCUCUUCAUCUCUCUCCCUCCUUCAAGUUCCAUCUCCUUUCCGAUUUCAAGAGAGCUACUUGUGUUGAUGGAACAUCAUGAAUGAGCAUAACCUUCCUUUCAAAGUGGGCCAACUUGCAGAAGCAAGAUCUUUUAUCGUAGGUUUUCGUGGUGCAUGGUUUCGUUGCAAGAUUAAGGAGAUUGGCCAGAGAAAGAGUGGGGUGGUGUGCGCCUUGGAGUACUAUGACUUUUCAGAUGAAAGGAUAACGUGGACAAAACUUUAUCAAAAGCCUGGUAAAUCUAAGGGCGCAAAAUUGAUGCUACGCCCACAAUUUCCUCCUAUUUAUCGUGAAAGCGAAAUGCCCAAUAUCAGUACCAUCUCAGAAGUGGUAGUCAUUAGGAAUGAUGUCUGGAAGGUGGGAGAUUUAGUAGAUUGGUUGUCUGAUAGUUGUUAUUGGUCUGGAAGGCUAAUUGAAGUUUUAGAGCAUGAUAAAUUUCGGAUCAAGUUGUUUCCUCCUCCUGUUGGUGAAGGUUUAUCUUAUGAGGCUUCCUGUGCAGACUUGCGACCUUCCUUGGAUUGGUCUCCAGAGCAUGGUUGGACAGUGCCUAUAUCUGGGAAUGAAGAUUGUCACUCUUGUGCUCGGUUAGUCAAACCUUUGAAUCAAGGGGGCUUUGUGGACUUGACAGCUCAUACAGUCGAUGAAGGGAGAAACAAGCAUAAUACUGAAUUUUCUUCUCAUACUUCAGCUAGUUGUAUACCACCUCCAGAAAGGUCAGAGGAUGCUUCAGCUGAAGUUACAAGAGAUAAUGUUGGGAAAGACUGUCACGAUGAUAAUAGUCCAUCAAAAAAGUUGAGAACUGAUAGAAGCAUUUCUUUGAAUUCUAUGUGUUCUGAUACUAUAGAAGCAGCAAUUUUGGACUUAGAGGAGUUGGUGAACCGGGUUAAAUGGAUCAAGAAUAUCUUAGAGUUUGGGAUGCCUUUUCCAAAUUCUGUGCAGCCUUCUUGGAAAUUUCUGGAGCACCGCUCAUCGUCAUUGCCAAAAUGAUUGCUUUCUGGAAGUGUUCUACAGGAGAAAGAUUGAAGAAAAGGGUGCUGGUUUUGGCUUUGAUAGAUGGAUGCGGCGUGAUUUCGUUACAAAUGUACGUACGUGACUUGGACAUAGCCCUUAAGAAGUAGGCUGCAUCAGUCACUUCAGUUGCACGUUUGAUAUUAUUCCCCUUGAUCGGAAGCUAGAGUUAUUGUUUUGGUGGGAAUGGAAAAGCUGAAGUUUAUGAAUUUCAUGGGAAAUUCAUCCCAAAAACUUGUGAAGAGCAAAACUCUAUAAAAAUGAUUCUCGGAAACAUUUAUUCAUUUGUUAGAUUUUUGACACUAAUGGUCGAGUAGCUCUUUUAUUUGGUUUAAACA